AUGGAAGGAAUCGGCGGCGGGAGCGGGAGCAGGAGCGCGAGCGCGGCGCCGCCCUGGGAUCUCGGCAUGCACUGGGCGCCCACCGGCUCGUCGCCACCCUACCCGCAGCAGCCGCUCGUGGCGCGCCCGGGCGUCGGGGCCGCCAGCCACUACCACCAGCAGCAGCAGGAGCUGACCUGCCUCAAGCUGGGGAAGCGGCCCUGCUGCUGGGCCGGGGCCGCAGCCACCCCAGCGGCGCAGGCCGGUACUGCUGGCCUGCCGCCGCAGGUCCACGGCAAUGGCGCCGCCGCCGCUGGUGGCGCGAGCGGGGCGGCGGCUGAGGGCAGGAGGAAGGAGAAGGCGGCCGCGGCCACGGCGGCAGCGCCGCGGUGCCAGGUGGAGGGGUGCCACGCGGAGCUGGCGGGCGCGAAGGACUACCACCGGCGGCACAAGGUGUGCGAGGCGCACUCCAAGGCGCCCCGGGUCGUCGUCCUCGGCGCCGAGCAGCGCUUCUGCCAGCAGUGCAGCCGGUUCCACGCGGUGUCGGAGUUCGACGACGCGAAGCGGAGCUGCCGGCGGCGGCUGGCCGGGCACAACGAGCGGCGGCGGAAGAGCAACGCCAGCGAGGCCAUGGCCAGGGGCGCCGCGCACCCGCACGGUACUACGUUACAUGCCGCAGGAUUCGGCCACGGCUUCCUGCCGCCGCGCGGCCUCCCGGCUGGUGCUCUCUCUCUUCUGUCAUCGGCCAGAGGCGCGGGCGCCCCCUGGCUGGUCCCGGCGCCCGACAUCUCCGCCCGCUCCAGCGCCGCGCUCGACGAGCUCAUCGCCGAGAACCGCGCCGCGCUCCUCGCGUGGCAGUUCUUCGACCGCUCGGCGCCCAGCCGGCAUCAUCUCGCCCCUCCGUCGUCCGCGGGCCGCGCCCCGCCGCCCCCCGAUCAUCAGGCGCCCGGCUGGCCCAGCCCGCACCACCCCCACAACGGCGCUGGCGCUGGCGGCGGCGGCCGCUACUUCCACGCGGCGCCGGCCAGCGCGGGGCACACGACGCUGGACCUCAUGCAGCUAGCGGCAGGGGCAGCUGCCACCACCGCGGCUCCCGCUGGCGCGCCGCCGUUCCGCCCCGUGCCGGAGCGGGUCGGGGCGGCCGCGAGGCCUCCCAGGACCAAGGACAAUGGCGACGCCUCCGGGUGCAGCUCGGACGCUUGGGCGCCCGCGGGCGGAGGUGGAGCCCGCGCGCUGUGA